AUUUCUUCUAUAAUUUAUUGGUAAAUUUCUAGUAAAAAUGGACCAGAAAAUGUACUAUGUGGUGACUACAGAAGAGUUUUGGGAUUACAGAGAGAAGGGAGAGGAGUUAGGUAGGACAGCUUAUGUUCCAAGAGUUUUGAACUUGGCAGCAAUGGCUCUUGAGGUAUUCCUUGCUGUCUUUUUGGUGGUAGAGGCUCAGGUUGAGGGUAAUGUACUGAUGUAUUUCUAUGGUUUCACUAUGGUAUGGAGCCUGGUGUUCCAUCUUCUUCCUUUCUUGACUAAAAAUUUCAUUUUUAGACUGAUUGUGAGGGUUAUAGUGACAAUUGAGUUCUUUUUAUUAGUUGUUAUUCUAUUCCUAAUGGUAACUACUGAUGACCCUAGGACUCCUUCUGGCUACUUAGCGCUGUUAAUCUUUUUCAUUGGCCCUUCACUGCUUGUGGGAGCGACUCUGUACUGGGCUCUUGAGAGCGAGAGAAACUCUAUAACUCCAAAACUUGAUAUUCCUUAUAAGCCUGAAGUCACUAUGGAAGAGAGCAAAAUGAGCCCAAGCACUGCUUAUGCUAUGAUUUAGGACCAAAUUAUCCUUUCAAUUUCUC